AUGAUGAUGAGGAUGAUGGUGGUGGUGCUGGUGUCUGAGUACAUUUGCAGUGCUACCAUCAACAGUGUUGUAAAUGAAAACAACAACAAUAACAACAACAAUAAUAAUAAUAAUAAUAACAAUUAUACUGUGAUCACCCCUCCCAGCACUACUGUAAAUAGCAUUAUAUAUCCUUGCUUCUCAGGGGAUCUUCUUAAUUUAAACAACAGCAACAGUAGUAGUGCCAGUGGUUCGGGUGGCCGUCAUCUAUCUGUCGUUUGUGAUGCUGCUACAACCGGUUUAUUACAACCACAAGAGCAACAACAACAGCAGCUGUCGCAACAGCAACCGCUACAGCAACCGCAACAGCAACGAGAUCUUUCCAGGUGGCAGAUAACAGAACAGGCUGUGGCAGUAACAGUAGGAUCAAAUGGUAGCUUAGUGAUAUCAAAGCUGGAAGAUGCCGCUGUUAUUUUACCUGUCCAUUUGUUGCCAUCUGCAAAUGCAACAACCAAUGAAACAACAACAUUGCAUGUUGAAACACCAGCAACAACCACCACGUUAAUCGUGGCAGCGUUAACAACAAUAACAGCAGCAGAAUCGUCCACAACAACAAAAUUGUUGACAUCCACACUUGGAUUGGGAGCAGCAGUAACGUCAACAGUGGCAGCUGCAUCAACUUCACAAUUAACCACAGCGCCCUUAGAUAUUUUAACAACAGCAGUAAUACAACCAGAAACACCUACUACUACUACUACUACUACCACUAGCACUACUACUACUGUAGCGACCACUACUACUGCUACAACUACAGCUGAAAAACAGGCGACAAACAUGCAGGCUACAACAUCCACACGUCUUAAUAACAAUAGCGCAUUUGUCAUGACGAGCGUUACUACAGAAGUUCCUUCAAACAUUCUUCUGGUGUAUGAUUCAUUUGGAAAUGCAGCUACAUUAAAUGGAGUCAGUAACAACAACAACAACAGCAGCACUAACAACAGUAUCAACAUCCAUAGCAUCAACAAUAACGCUGACAUUAUUCACAACAACAGCAUCAUCAACAAUGGCACAGACUUGAGUUUGAAAGAUCCAACACAGCCCAAGAACUCAGUAUGA